AUGAACGGUGAUGCGGCGCCCGAGAGUAGAAUAGUCGUUCUGCCGCACGUGAAGCCACUUCAGCCCAAUGUCCUGGUCCAUGUCUUCGGCUUCAUCGCUGCACUUGAACCGCUUGCGAAGCAGUGGUUGAAGAAGACAAAGAGGAAAGCCUUGUUUGCUUCUCUGGAGAAACUCAAGGAAGAGCUUAUGCUUCUUGGGCUCAUUUCAUUGUUACUGGGGCAAUGGGCAAGGUGGAUUUCCCAAAUCUGUGUCAACUCAUCACUAUUCAACAGUAAAUUCUACAUUUGUGCAGAGGCAGAUUUUGAUGACAAGAAAAGAAUGUUGUUGUUCACAGAGGAAUCAUCACAUCACAGCUCCUCAAAUGCCACUCAUGAUAUUAAUAUCCCUAAAGGAGUUAGUUAUGUUCCAUCUCAUGUCUGUGGCGAGGGUCGCGAGCCUUUCGUCUCGGCCGAGGGACUCGAACAACUUCACCGAUUCUUGUUCGUCCUCGGCAUCACUCAUGUUCUGUACAGCUGUAUAGUAGUUGGUGUAUCUAUGAGCAAGGCACAUUUCCCUUAUUUACUUUCUGGUGUCCUUAGUUUUAACUAUUUGCAUCAUGUGAUCGUUAACUUCAAGGUGAUGAGACGACAAUCUACAUUCGCAUUGCAUCACGCGUCUCAUCCGUGGAGUAGAAGUCGAAUUCUUAUAUGGAUGCUUUGUUUUCUAAAGCAAUUUAGGAGUUCAGUGCAGAAAUCAGAUUACAUGGCAUUGAGAUUGGGUUUCAUCACAAAUCACAAGCUCCCAUUGUCCUACAACUUUCACAAUUAUAUGGUGAGGAGCAUGGAAGAUGAAUUCUAUGGCAUUGUUGGUAUCAGCUGGCCACUGUGGGGUUAUGCUAUACUAUGCAUCUUCAUAAACAUACACGGUUUAAAUAUAUACUUCUGGCUCUCUUUUAUACCUGUGAUACUUGUCAUGUUGGUAGGCACAAAACUACAGCACGUAGUCUCGCUUUUAGCUCUCGAAAUUGCAGAGCCACGUGGGCCCUCACAAGUCGGAACACAAGUGAAGCCGCGCGACGAUCUGUUUUGGUUCGGAAAACCGGAGAUCUUGCUGCGUUUGAUUCAGUUUAUAUCGUUUCAGAAUGCAUUUGAGAUGGCAACUUUCAUCUGGUCCUUGUGGGGACUGAAGCAGCGUUCUUGUUUCAUGAAAAACGACGCGAUGAUAGCCAUUCGACUGAUUUCCGGGGUCCUUGUUCAAUUCUGGUGUAGCUACAGUACUGUCCCUCUAAAUGUGAUCAUAACUACUAUGGGGUCUCGUUUCAAGAAAGCGUUGAUAGCCGAAAGCGUGCGUGACUCCCUACACAGCUGGUGCAAGAGAGUGAAAGAAAGAUCCAAAGCAACAAAUUCCAUCACAACAAGGUCAACAUGCUCACUUGAUUCGACUAUCGAUGAGAGGGAUGAGAUCAUCACGGUUGCAUCGGGCACACUAUCUCCAUGCUCCUCAUCGGGCUCCUUACCCCAACUAGAUGUAGACGGGCCUUCGAGCGUGGCCCAGGAUACAGAUAGCACCCGCUUGGACAGCUUUACUCAACACGAACACGAACACGAACACGAAUUCUCGUUCAGGCAAAUGCAGGGAUCGAACGUGACUGAUGAGGAUGAUAUCGCAGCUGGUGAAGACAAUGAUGUGAUGGGUGAUGUGGAGGAGGGCAAGGCCGAGACUCUUUUCGAGCUGUUCCAAAAGACAUGA